AUGGCGAAGCGAGUGCGACGUGCCGUUGGGCUGCUGGCCCUGUUUUGGGCUCCUGCCUUUUUGGCGCCGAAGGCUAUUCGGCAGACGCAGAAUGCACCGGCGCCUAGCGAUAGCGGCUCGGACGCUCCCCUUGGCUUCCCCCGCCGCAGCUUGGGCCUCCUGGGCCUGUUGCCGGGCUUGGGCAGUUCGCCCGUGCGCGCGGAGCAGGGGUGCCCCCCGCCGGACGUCAAGAAGGCCACGGCCCUGGUGGUGGCUGGCAAUCCGAACCAAGGCGCCGAGCUGGUGGUGCUUCGGGUUCCCCUCUCCUUAGAUCCAGCAGAUCCCAACGCCAAGCUCAACCAGGACCUGGUGAAAUUCUUCACGACCAAGACGGACCAGAAGAGCAGCGUCUCAGUGGACAGUGCAGCGUAUGUGCUGGCUUCUUCCCAGAAGACGGCACCCGGCCUCACCAAGUGGGAGUUCCUCGAGAAGCCCUCUGAGAAGGUCCUGUACAAGCGCCGCUACAUCAAAUACGACUACGAAGCCAGCAUUUGUCCUGGUGUUGUGACCAAAGGCAGCAAGGGCGACACUUGCAUGGCCAUUGAGGACACCUCGGAGCUACCGCUCUAUGAGCGCCGGCACCGGAUUCUGUUCACGGUCACGGAUGAGGGCGCCAGCGCGCGGGGAGAGAAGGAUCCGACCUACUACAUUUGGCUCUUGGACAUCUCUGGCCCAGCCUCCGAUGCCAGAAACAACUGGGGAGAGCUGAAGGAGGCCAAGCGAAAACGCUGUCGCUCCGAGAAGACGAACGUAACAAGAAGCUACUAG